AAGCUCCUAUACGGGGGCAUAUUGUUCGGAUUGAAAGAGGCAUUCAGAUACAAUUGUUAACCUGGCGUGAAAUGAAUAGGCGUGGAUUGGUUAAUCAAACACGACUUGGGAAGAGUGAAAUUUCAAUGCAAAUAUAUGUUUUUAAUGGGCACCGGUAUAUAAGCUUUCAAAUUUCAUACAUCGAUGUGGGAUUAAAUAGCACAGCCACGAGACUUUGUGAUUUUGUAAUUAUUUUGUAUACUCGGUCACAGAUUUAGAAACGCGAUCUGAAAUACGAAAUUAUUGUAAUAAAGAACGACAGCAGGGUAUAGAAAUAACAAUUGAUUUUCAUAGUCAGCUAUUGAACUUGUUCUUCGUUAAAUUGUGACCGUCUGGAAACCUAUUGCCCGUUAACAGUUGUGGAACUUGUGAUGGAUUUUCAGUAAAUGGUAUUGCGACUUAGUGAACAUUUUUAACGAUGGUAUACGUAACGGUCCGAUACGGGGAGAGUCAGCAGGAGAUCUUCAACCCCUGCUGCCGGACCAGCCUCCUCCUGAAGAACAUCCGGUCCCGCUGCAACUGCGACAAUUAUGCCGAUAUCGAGCUUUCUGAUGAAGCCGGGAACGUGAAGAACCUCCGAGAUCCCGGGCACCAGCAGCGGUAUGCCAGCGACUUUCUGGAAGAGAGAGAAACGCUGGUUCUUCUCACCGUGGAAAAAAGUCACAGCGACCCUCCACUGAUCAUGUAUAAACCGCUGUUACAGGCGGGCGACGGGGUGCUCAGCGAGGAGUUUCUAGCUCGACUUGCAUUAAAAGGCACUGAAAUACAGAAAAAACGAAUCCGAUCAAGCAAACGACGGGAUACGUCCGCCAACGUCACUGAGCAGAAGGAUGUGACGUCACGCCAGGUGAGUCGAGAAAAGAACGUGGACAAAACAAAAUCGUCCAGUAAGUCGGACAAAAGAAAUAGUGCACGAUCAAAGCGCUGAGGCGACCCAUAUAACUGAGCUUGUGGAAUUGGUUGUGUUCUUUUUUAAACACAAUUUGGAUUAUUUUUAUGUUUUAACUUAUUAUUCACUGUGCACAUUGAAGAAAGCGCUGAUGAGUGAA